UCUGCUCUCCCAACAUAUUCAUCCAACAACCAACACCACUGCUUACCAGUCUGGAAUCUACUCAAGCUAGCUAGCUGAUCUGAUCGAGAUGGAGCGGCGAGGAGCAGCGGCGGCGCCGUCGCUGGAGCUGCCGGGGUUCCGCUUCCACCCCACGGAGGAGGAGCUGCUGGAGUUCUACCUCAAGCACCACGUCACCCGAAACAACAAGCAGCAGCAGCUCAGGGCGCCGUUCGACAUCAUCCCCACGGUGCACCUGUACCGGCACGACCCCUGGGACCUCCCGGGCCUGGCCGCCAUCGCCAGCGAGCGCGAGUGGUACUUCUUCGUGCCCCGCGACGGCGCC